CCCUCCUUCUACUCCUCCUACUCCUCACCCUACUCCACAUUCUCCUCUGCCUCCUCAUUUUAAUUCUUCUCAUCCUCCUUCUCCUCCUCUUUCUUCUUCUUCUCCCUCUCCUUCUACUUCUCUUCCUACUCAACAUUCUCCUCUCCCUCCUCACCCUAAUUCUUCUCAUCCUCCACUUUCUCUUCCCCCUUAUCCUCCUCUUCCUCACCCUAUUCCACCUUCGUCUCCUUCUCGCCCUCCUCUUCUAUCUUCUUCUUCUCCUCCUACUCCUCACCCUUCUCCACAUUCUCUUCUACCUCCUAACCCUUAUUCUUCUCAUACUCCACUUCCUCUUCCCUUUCUUCCUCCUCUUCCUCACCCCAUUCCACCUUCGUCUCCUUCUCACCCUCCUCUUCCAUCUUCUUCUCCUCCUACUCCUCACCCUAGUCCACAUUCUCUUCUCCCUCCUCAUCCUCCACUUCCUCUUCCUCUUCUUCCUCCUCUUCCUUACCCUAUUCCACCUUCGUCUCCUUCUCGUCCUCUUCCGUCUCCUUCUUCUCCUCCUCCUACUUCUCUUCCUACUCAACAUUCUCCUCUCCCUCCUCACCUUACUCCACAUUCUCCUUUGCUUCCUCAUCCCAAUUCUUCUCAUCCUCCACUUCCUCUUCCUUCUUCUCUUCCCCUUUCUCCUUCUUAUCCUCUUCCUUCUCCUUCUUCUCGCCCUCCUUCUACUCCUACUUCAAUUCCUACUCAACAUUCUCCUCUCCCUCCUCACCUUACUCCACAUUCUCCUCUACUUCCUCAUCCCAAUUCUUCUCAUCUUCCACUUCCUCUUCCACUUCUUCCUCACCCUAUUCCAUUUUCGUCUCCUUCUCUCCUUCUUCUCCUCCUUCUAUUCCUCCUACUCCUCUCCCUCCUCACACUAAUUCUUCUCAUCCUCCACUUCCUCUUCAUCCUUCUCUUCCUCUUCUUCCUCCUCUUCCUCACCCUAGUCCACCUUCGUCUCCUUCUCACCCUCCUCUUCCAUCUUCUUCUUCUCCUCCUACUCCUCACCCUUCUCCACAUUCUCUUCUCCCUCCUAACCCUUAUUCUUCUAAUCCUCCACUUCUUCUUCCUUCUUUUCUUUUUCUUCUUACUUCUCCUCCUCACCCUAUUCCACCUUCGCCUCCUC